UUCACUUGGGGCCUUGUAACUCAACACGUGUCAGCAAUGCAAUGCUCAUCCUCUUCUUCAAAGCUUAAUUCAAAGUUGAAAACCACAGCACAUGUUUGGGUUCACCCUUUCCGAAAAUUCAUCACAGAGAGAGACCAAAACCUGCACACACACACACACACAUACACACACAGACAGACAGAGAUGGCGGGGAAUGAAGAUUGGAGGAAAACGGCAGACACAACAAAAAUGAGUGCAGAGGAAGUGAAAAGAGCUGGAGUGGAGGCAUCAAAGAGGCCCCCUGGUCAUAACCCUGGCGGUGUUCUUCACCAGCGACGCAAGCUUCCCUUUAGCCCUACCGCCAUGGCCAUUACCGGCUUCCUCAUCACCGGCGUCAUCGGCUACUUCACCCUUUACCACCUCAAGAAGCCGGAAGCCUCCGCCGGAGAUGUCGCCAGGGUCGCCACCAAUGUCGCCGAGCCUGAGCAUACUCACCCCAAGAAAUAGUACUUUCAUUUAAUUAUUCUGAUUUUGAUCGAACGGGGAAGAAGAAAACUCCACUAGGCUUGGCAGGGGUUUUUCUAAAGUUAUUAAUUUCAUAAUUUGUUUGUUGGCGUCUUUUUCUUCAUAGUUCAAUACUUGAUAUCUUCUUGUAGCAGCAAUCUUGCUCUAGUAGUGUAAAAUUUUCAA